CUGGAAUCCUGUCAAACACAGCAUGCAUUGACAGUUGUCAUACCACAACUUAUUUCCAGGAAUAUUUUUAUUAGCGAAUUCGAGGCCCACCUUAUUACAAUAAUACAUAUCACUCAACUAGCUACUGCGCGUAAAAGAAAACUACACCUCGCCAACAAAGCAAAGGCUUCAAACUAGAAUCAGAGGCGCAAUAGGUCGCUGAAACCUCCGAAUUCAGCUGGAUGAUAUUGAUAUCGAAGGCCAAACAGAAUCAGAAACACGAUGCGUCACCCCGCAGCACCUACGAUAAUCGCCGUCCUGCUUGGAUUUCUCCUCUUCAUGGUUCUCUGGAGUCGAGUACGUGCCGAUGACCAUCACGAGGGAAAUCCUCAUCCAGACGAUAUUCCGCGGAAGAAGGAGAAAGAGGAGGUCAAUCUUGUCGGCGAUGAAGCCAGCACAGCAGAAGAAGAUCAAAGCAUCUGAAUAUCUUUUGCACCCCCUUGAGCCCUGGUGUGCCUCAGCUUGCGUUCUGGAUUCGACUAUUCACAACAAACAACACAGUCACCGCUCUCUUCUUUCCAUUAUUGAGAAACGCGUGAUGGCCCUUCAGGUUGUAAAAUGGGAGCG